ACAGCAUCAGAAGCAGAACGACUAAGUAAGGCAGGAGCUAAGCAAUGCUCUCGUUUGUAAGUGUAUUUAGUUUGAAAGGACCAAGGUCCCGUAAGUCCCCAGGAGCGAACAGCUAGCGGUUGCCGACUGAGCAGUGCGCCAAGCAGGAGGGGAUGUCUGGGGGUCGCGCACACGCUCAAGGUCACGCAAGCCCACGGCGUGUGCGCAAGCGCACAACCGCGCGGCCGCGUAGCCCAGAUCUUGCAGAAAACGCUUGGCGAGAGGUCUAGCCGCUUGCACAAUGUCGGAAAUGCACGAGCUGUCCGAGCUUUAUGAGGAGAGCAAUGACCUGCAGAUGGAUGUGAUGCCCGGCGAGAGCGACCUUCCGCAAAUGGAGGUAGGCAGCGGGAGCCGCGGGCCGUCCCCGAACCCCUCCCGCUCCGGGGCCCCGCCACAGCUGGAGGAGGAAGGCCCAAUGGAGGAGGAGGCGGCCCAGCCAAUGGCGGAGCCGCAGGGGCAGCGAGGCCUCGCUAACCGGCCCAACCCUGGGGAGCGCCCGGGCCAGAUCGCGGGCCCUGAUUUCGAGAGCGAGGACGAGGGCGAGGAAUUUGAUGACUGGGAGGACGACUACGACUAUCCGGAAGAGGAGCAGCUGAGUGGUGCGGGCUACAGAGUCUCAGCGGCCCUGGAAGAAGCCAACAAGAUGUUUCUGAGGACCUCCAGAGCGAGAGAAGCAGCUCUGGGGGGCGGGUUUCAGAUGCAUUAUGAGAAGACCCCGUUCGAUCAGUUGGCUUUUAUCGAGGAGCUUUUUUCACUUAUGGUUGUCAAUCGUCUGACCGAAGAACUCGGCUGUGAUGAGAUUAUUGAUAGAGAGUAGUUGUUAAAUGCUGUGAAGAGAGGAGGAAACUACUUGAGGAGAGACCCAACAACAUUCCAGUCUCUUGGGUUCAUUCCGAAUAGUUCCGUGCCAAUGAAACACUUGAUCCAAAAGAAAAAAUGGGGGGGAGGGGGCAGUGUAGACUAGGAAAGUGACUUCACAGUUAUGGGAAAGGAAGAAAAUUGUUAAAGGAAAAGGAUCUCAGUACUGUUAAAACCUGUUUUCAAGAAUGUCGUGAAACACUUGUUUCUUUGACUCUGUUACUGAUCUAGAUUAAUUUCCUUGCAUUGGGGAAAGUAUCUUUCACAUUUCCGGAUGGCUUUGCAAGAAAAACCAAGACACAUGGCCGGUACAAGAGCCCACUGAUGUUAAUCAUAUGAGAAAAAGUAACUAAUUUAUCCAACUUUGGACACCACAUGUCUGAGUUAUUUGGACUGAAAGCAUACUGAAGAUGUCAUUUUGUGAUUCAUCUAAGCCAAGCUGUAGUUAUCCAAAGGCUAAAUUUUUAGUGAAAGGUAAAUUGAGUAUUCUUCAGUAUUGCAAAAGAAUAAUUGAGCCCCCAAAGAAAUGUGUAUCAUGUGUGCUAUAUCUUAAAGUGUGUUUCCAAGAGCAUCUGAGAUAUUGUUUGUACAUAUAUUUUGAUCAUUUAUAACACUACUGUAAUCUUGAAUUCAAGAAAAUUUACCGUCUUGACCAUUUUUAAAAGUCAAAAAUUAAGACGUCCUUAAAGUUUCAAACUAAGAAUGUCAAAGUACAAAGAAAACUAACAUCCUUAUAUACUAGAGAAAUUUUCUGUUUUACUUGCUCUUUGUUUUUCAUGUAACUUUACAGGCAAAAGACUUUGGUUGUACUUCAUAAUAUAAGAACUGUUAACUGAAAACUGUCAAGUAAAAGGAGAGCCCUACAUCUACAAAAGACUUUAUGAACAAUUAUGCUGUCAGCCCUUAAGGGUUUUAAACCUGCCCAGAAAUUCACCUCAGUAUCUGAAGUUUUUCCUCUGUCUCCUCCUCUAAUUAAGCUUGUUAUUGGUUAUGCACCAGCAUUCCAGAUAAUAAAAAUUUCUUGUUCUGUGUA